AUGAACGAUAGAUUUAAUUUUUAAAGUUAGAUUGAGCAUUUACAUCUAAAGUACGUAGGUACUGGUACAUAAGAAACUACAAAGUGGGAAUGGGGAACUAACAUAUAAAGAGACUCCCUCGCUUCUCACAUAGGUCAUCAUUCUCGUUUGCAAUAUUUUCUUGUAGCAGAAAAUGAAACAAGUUUAAGAAUGAAAAAUAGAUUUAUAGAUAAAAUGAUUUAGCCUUGCGGACCUCCUCCUCCUGAGCGUAAGAAAGGGGAUUUAAAUUGA